ACCGGAAGGCCCAUACCCCGCAUCGGAAGUGGUUGCUCUGGGGGUGAUGCGGCGAUGGUGGCUCCCGGCGCAGCUCGCGGCCCGGGCGGGUCCUGGUGGUCUCGUCAUCCCCCGGGCAGGCCUCAAGCAGUACACGCAACCCCCGGACUACAGUGGGAUCAUCAUCCCGGAGAGGACAAAGCUGAAGUUCGUGGAUAAGGUGCCGUCGGUGCCCAAGGUCAGGCGGGAGCCCCGGCAGCUGCGUGACAUCCGUGGCCCGUCCCAGGAAGCCACCGACUUCACCCAGGGCCAGUACGGGAUCCUGGCUUUAGGGGGUGGCUACCUCCACUGGGGCCACUUUGAGAUGAUCCGCCUGACCAUCGGCCGCAACAUGGACCCCAAAACUAUGUUUGCUAUCUGGCGUGUGCCACCCCCUAGCAAACCGGUGACACGGAAGAGCCUGGGCCACCGGAUGGGAGGAGGCAAAGGCCCCAUCGACCACUACGUGACGGCCGUGAAGAGCGGGCGGCUGGUGGUGGAGAUCGGCGGGCACUGUGAGUUUGGUGAGGUGGAAGCUUUCCUCACUCAGGUGGCCAAGAAACUGCCUUUCCCCGCCACUGCCAUCAGCCGCGAUGGCCUCGAGCAGAUGCGAAAGGAAGAGGAGGAAAAGAGGCUCAACAACCAAAAUCCCUGGACUUUUGAGCGUGUCGUCACAGGCAACAUGCUGGGAAUGCGCAAAUACCUCAGCCCCUACGACCUGAAGCUAAAGGGACGAUACUGGGGCAAGUUCUUCCUCAAACACAGGGUCUAACCAGCAGCCAGGGCUGGGGAUGUCUUAAUUAAACUUUCCCACAAGGACCUGCAUAC